AUGUGCAUACGCGCUUCGGCCGGAGCAAAGACAGCAUUUGAUCGAGAGCUUCGACACACUUCAGCACGAGCAGAGACGCCGAUUGACAGCGAUCUUCGGAAUCCUCGAACCAUCCGACACUCGAGCGUUCAUUGCGAGUUUAAAUACAUUUGGGGUGGAGCAGAGGCGCGGGGUAAUCGAGAGUUUCGGUGGGAAACACGAACCCCGUCCAUCGCUAAAUUCCACCUGAAAUAUACAACGCACUCGGACAAAGUGGAGCUCAAGCAUUUUAUUCGAUUGGACCCAGUGGAACCGGCGCAUUCCUUCGAAAUCUCGGUGAGGAACGCGGCAGCAGCCACAUUUCCCGCCCGAAAUGAAAUGAAAAAUUCGGUUUCCCCCUUCCAGACGCACUGGGGCCUGAGCCGAGACGCGGAUUGA